UUGGAGUUUGUUAAAGGCGUUACCUCAGACCAUAACUUGCUCGCGCUCGCUAAGCGGAUUGGAGUCCGGAUCGAUGGCAUAUACGAGCUUUCCGAGAUCCGGAAGCCACUCACCUCGAAGGGAUCAUAUCUUAUCCUACUGCGUACGAGCCCGAGAAUCGGCCAUUGGACUGCUGUAUUAGGCGAUCUGCUAUAUUUCAACAAGCAAAUCCAAGGCUCAUCGGACGAAUAUUGCGGAAUCUUCUGCCUGUUAUGGUUAUACGCCAAGCAGCAUGGGCAAAUGCAUCUAAUGGAUAGAUUCACUGAUCACGAUAUCGACGUAAUCGAUAAUUAA